CAAAGGGCAAAUGUAUAAUGUACAGAUCUUUGCGCGCGCACACACACCGCUCCUUCCUCUGAGUGUAUGUACAUAUACUCAAAGGCUCCAACCUACACGUGCACACAUAUACACGGCAUCAUUCAUUGCGGUGGCAUAGGUAACCUUGAAAAGGCCACCCCCGGAGAGCGUUACUACUUUAGUCCACCGAAUUCGCCGGGGUUUGCUUAGUCUCCAGCAGCGACGAUCGGAGCUGAUCUCGAUGAAGCGUCGAUGAAGCAAAGUGCGGGACCGAUCGCUUCGUACGGGACGAUACACGCGCCGCAAAAUACUAAAGAAGAUAGCGAAAGGGAGAGUGCGGUGUGGUGUGAUCGUCGUCCUCGCCGUUAAAUAAAAUGUCAACGUGAAAUAGAGGUCGUCAAGGCUGGUGCCGCGCGGUGUUGUUGGCGCGUUCGCGGCUGUGCGUUGCAGGUUAUACUCCGGUCACCGCGAGGCACCAUCCGUGCGCGAAGCGAGGAUGCCGUCCGCGAGGGAUUGAACGCCGUUGUUGGAGCGGUACAACCGGGCAGGCAUGGUGCAACGCCCGGUCGCGCCUCGGCGCAACGUCAGGAUACUGCUGAUCGGCGAGCGCGGCGUCGGCAAGACCUCCCUGAUACUGUCCCUCGUGAGCGAGGAGUACGCGGAGGAGGUUCCGAGUAAGGCCGAGGAGAUCACGAUACCGGCGGACGUCACGCCGGAGCAGGUGCCGACGCAUAUAGUCGAUUACUCAGCGGUGGAACAAACAGAGGAUCAACUGGCAGAGGAGAUCCAAAAGGCGCACGUGAUAUGCGUAGUUUACUCCGUGGACGACGAGGAUACUCUGGACAGAGCUGCCAGCUACUGGCUACCGUUAAUCAGAAGAUGCUCACCCGACAAUCGAUGUCCGGUUGUGCUUGUAGGCAAUAAGAUUGAUCUCGUGGAUUAUUCCACCAUAGAGGCUGUAUAUCCAAUCAUGAAAGAGUUCACGGAGAUUGAAAGCUGCAUAGAGUGCUCGGCAAAAACACUUCAGAAUGUUUCGGAAACGUUUUAUUAUGCACAAAAGGCAGUUCUGCAUCCGACUACACCUUUGUACAAUUACGAUACACAGGAGCUCACAGAAGAGUGCAAAACUGCCCUACAGCGAAUUUUUAAAAUAUGCGAUGUAGAUAACGACGGACUUUUAAACGAUAUGGAGUUGAACGCGUUUCAGCAGUGGUGCUUCAACACGCCGUUACAACCGCAGGUACUGGAGGACGUAAAAGCCGUUUUGUCGAAAAACAUUUGCGACGGUAUAUGUAACGGAUGUGUCACGAUGAAAGGUUUUAUGUACUUACAAUGUUUAUUCAUACAACGCGGAAGGAACGAAACGACUUGGGCUGUGUUAAGGAAAUUCGGAUAUGACAAUGAGCUGCAAAUGUCAAAAGAAUAUAUCCAUCCUUCGUUGAAAGUCCCACUGGGCUGCAGUACGGAAUUAUCGCACAAGGGACAAGAGUUUCUAACGUUACUGUUUAUGCAGCACGAUCGCGAUCGCGACGGAGCUCUCUCUCCCUUAGAAAUGGAGUCGCUGUUCUCGCGAUGUCUUUUCCCACCGUGGGGCGAUGAAUACAAGCAUACCGUAUCCACGAACGAAAAGGGAUGGAUCACGUUCCAAGGUUACAUGUGCCAGUGGGCAUUGCUGACACUGACAAACGUGCGUAAAACCUUGGAGUACAUGGCGUACCUAGGAUACAACAUGUAUCACAACGAGUGUCAAACGAGCGCCGUUGUCGUGACCCGCGAGAAGAAGGUAGAUCUGGCGAAGAAGCAAUCCAGUAGGAAUGUUUAUACCUGUCACGUUAUAGGACCGAAGAGCAGCGGAAAGACUACGUUGUGCAGGACUCUUAUCGACCCCAAACUCGAGAAGCUGAAUGACAAGGUGGUACCGUCGAACGCUCACAUUACUGUGAAUACGUUGCAUGUGUACGGGCAGGAGAAAACCAUGGUACUGAAGGAUAUCAACGUGCUGAACGUUCAGGAUGCCUUAACGCCGGCGGAAAUACAAUGCGAUGCGGCUGCACUUGUUUACGACGCUAGUAAUCCGAAGUCGUUCGAGUACAUAGCGCGCAUUUACAUCAAAUACUUUGCCGACAGUAAGAUUCCUGUUCUGAUAGUAGCGAAUAAAAGUGACCUUUCCGAGAUGAAGCAGAAUUAUCUGUUGCAACCGGCCGCCUUCUGCAGCAAGUACAAACUGAUGCCUCCGCAGCCGUACAGCAUCUCGCGGACAAUCCGGCGUGAGAUCUUCGUUAAGUUAGCCACGAUGGCAGCCUUCCCCCGCUUUCAAGGAGCGUGGGUAUUAUUUUACCGAGACAGGCAUAUAAAUCAAUUCGGCCUAAUGCAGGGGGACUCGCUGGUCUGGUGGAAAGCAGGACUGGGAAUCGCGAUCGCCACGAUCGCCGGCUACGUGAUGAUGCGCGUAUUGAAUACUGAGAAAAGAUAGUCUUACCAUACUCGUGCUACUUGUGCGUGUUUAACUGCCUCUCCUUGUCGAGUAAACGAGAAAGCCGUAUUAUAGAUAACCGCGUUAUAUAGGACAAAUAUAUAAAUAUAUAUAUAUAUUCAUAAAGCACACACUAAUUUUCGAAAUAUACAAUAGCUAAGUAUUAGAGAAAACUAUGUGGUAAAGUGCAAAUACUUUCGUGUAGAGAUGCGCUUACUUGGUUCUGGUCAGAAUACCGAAGUUUUUAUUUGUCGAAUCCCCAUCCUAAUGUAUCAUCUUAUAAAAGCUAUUUUCAUCUUCUGUAAUAAAUUAUUUGUUUAAUGUAUUGUAAUAUAAAGUGGGGAAAAAACUGUGA